CAUGAUCACCAGUUCAUAACAAUUACUUUGUUAAGAUCUCUCAGUAGUUGGAUGUAUGAAGAAGUUAUCAAAUAGGAGAGUGAGAGUUGUAUUCAAGGUCGCUGUAGUUGCAGCAGUGUUGUUGCAGCUAUUGCGUGCAGCUGCAGCGGCACAAGCGACAGCUAACUGCAGCACCAGCUGUGGCAAUAUCAGCAUCUCCUACCCUUUUGGAAUUGAGCCUGGCUGCUACCAUGUUGGCUUCAACCUCAGUUGCGAUCACUCACAUAACCCGCCCAAGUUGUUCCUUGGUGAUUCCACGGUGGAAGUGCUCGAGAUUUCGAUUCCCAGUGGCACAGUGCGCAUCAACAGCAGCAGCAUCGUGCCAUCAAGUCCUAGCGCUUCCAUUGAUGGCAAGAUGAACAAGUCAGGGAGGUAUCACACAUGGAGUGGCCUCAGAAAGGGUGGUCCAUUCUUCGUCUCACCAGACAAGAACAGGUUCCUGGUGCUGUCAUGCAACAAUGUCCAAGUCCUCCUCCUUGGAGAGGACAACAGCACUGUCAAUGCCUGCGCCACUUACUGUCCACCAGCCCCUGGGAAAAACCAAUCUUUUCAGUACCCAUUGCGCAAUGAGUGCUCCGGAAUUGGCUGUUGCAGUGCAUCCAUACCAAAAGGCUACAGUUCGUACAGCAUCCAGGUCCAAGUCCAACCCCCCAAUAAUAUUUCUGAGUUUGAUGCAGAGUCUUCAGUGUACAUAGCUGAGGAGGGAUCCUACAACACUACACGCCUGAUUUUUGAAACUCUUGAUACUCUCCCAGCCCUUCUGGACUGGGUGAUCAGCAACUCAACAUGCAAAGAUUCACCUACCGCAUCUGCAUGCCGCAGCAGAAACAGCUAUUGUCAAAACUAUACAAGCUAUGUUUACAAUGGCUACCGUUGUCGCUGUUCUGCUGGCUACCAAGGAAACCCAUACAUACAAGACGGGUGCAAAGAUAUCGAUGAGUGUGCACGUUGGGAGCUCCACUCAUGCUAUGGAACCUGCAUAAAUAUGCCUGGAACGUUUCAUUGUCAGUGCCCUCAUGGAACCUAUGGGAAUCCCUUCACAGAAGGGGGAUGCAUCAAGAUCAAGAAUUCCUCUCAAGGUUUAACCAUAAGCCUGCUAAUCAGUUGUGGCUCAAUUUUAUUGGCUCUUGCUUUCGUUGGCCCCUUUAUACUACGUAAGAUCAAGCUACGGAAGGCUCAAAAAGCAAAAGAAAGAUUUUUCAAUCAAAAUCAUGGUUUGCUACUGCAGCAGUUAAUAUCACGGAAUGCAGAUAUUGGUGAAAGGAUGAUUAUUACCUUAGCAGAUCUGGAGAAAGCCACAAACAGUUUUGACAAAUCUCGUGAGGUUGGUGGUGGAGGACAUGGUGUUGUGUACAAAGGAAUAUUAGACCUUCAUGUAGUGGCCAUCAAGAAAUCAAAGAUAGUGGUACAACGAGAAAUCGACCAGUUCAUAAAUGAAGUUGCAAUUCUUUCUCAAAUCAAUCAUAGAAAUGUGGUGAAGCUCCUGGGGUGCUGCCUUGAGACAGAAGUUCCAUUAUUAGUAUACGAGUUCAUUUCAAAUGGAACACUUUCUCACCAUCUUCAUGUUGAAGGUCCAAUAUCACUACCAUGGGAUGAUCGACUAAGGAUUGCAGGUGAAAUUGCUAGAGCGCUAGCCUAUCUACAUUCAGCUAGUACAAUGCCAAUAUUCCACAGAGACAUUAAGUCUUCUAACAUACUUCUUGAUGAUAGUUUAACAGCUAAAGUGUCGGAUUUUGGAGCUUCAAGGUAUGUUCCAAUCAAUGAGACAGGAGUGACUACAGCUGUUCAGGGAACAUUUGGUUAUUUAGAUCCCAUGUACUAUUAUACCGGUCGGCUGACAGACAAGAGUGAUGUUUUCAGCUUUGGUGUUCUUCUUGUCGAAUUGCUCACUAGAAAGAAACCGUCCUUAUACAACUCCGACAGCGGUGACAGUCUUGUUUCACAUUUUGUCUCACUACUCACAGAAGGUGAUUUGAUUGACAUAGUAGAUCCACAGGUCAUGGAAGAGGGAGAUGGUGAAGUCCAAGAAGUAGCGGCACUAGCAGCAAGGUGCACUAAACUGGAUGGGGAAGGCCGGCCCACAAUGCGAGAAGUGGAGAUGGCACUUGAAAACUUGCGACUUAAGAAGAAGCCUUCUCCACGAAAUACCCUGUUUUCAUCAGAGAGAUGUGAUGGGGACGAAAUCGCAACUCGUUACUUGCCAGCUCGGGGGGUUGCCAAUGAAGCAAGUAGACAGUACAGCAUGGAGGAGGAAAUCUUGCUGUCAGCAAGGUAUGCCCGGUGAUGUUUUUGCUAUAUCCUCGUGAACUGUUUAGUGAAAGAACAUAUAUCCAUUCUUUUUACCUGAAAAAAGAAACAUGUGUUCUUCUUUCCUCCUUUUUUUGUGGGGGAAAGGAAGUGCUGUUUUUGUAUGUGAAUCAGUCAAUGGUUCCAUAGCCGUGUUUGUUUUGGUCAAGUCGAUUCCAUAUAUGUUCCUUUCCCCCACAAAAAAAGCGGAUUGGACAUGAGUUGUUGACAACCGAGGUAGAGAAAUGGAAAAUCAUUCGUGGGAGAUGAAGUAACAUAAGUCCGAGUCAAAUCACCAUCCCCAUCAGGUCGCUGGUAAGUUUGUGGUUUUGGACCUUAAAAUACCUUCAGCACUAGGACCGAAUCAUGGCAUGAUAAUAACCGCGUCUAAAGCUAUGUACGGACUGAAGGAUUCGACCCCAGUAGUUAUCAGUUUGUCACGCUGGUAAUUUUUGAAUAAUUACCUACAAAAAAACCCAUGACGAUCAACAAGGCAGCAAACUUGGGGUAACCACAUGCGCUUGCGAGAGUGCGCACAUAUUUUUCAGCACUUUAAUGUAUAAAUGUACAAAUAACAUACACCUUGUACCACAGCCAAAAAAAGAAAAGAAAGGAAAAUAAAUAAAUAAUACACGCCACAUACAGUUGUCCGGGUUUUCGCUUCCUAGGAUGCCCGCAGCAGGCGUGGAGCUAGCCACUUGCAGUGGGUAUCAACGCCAGCAUCUGGUUCUUGAUCAUCCCCAUACACAUCUCGAUCUCCCUGAAGAUCGGGAUGUUCUGGGAGCUGCACGGCUGCAAGCCCGACAGCGAUGAAUCGAGGAUGUGCGCGACUUCAGCAGGGUGACACUGCUUCUCCGUGCAGUUCUGGCGAAUGUUACGGACUGCGGCGUUAGACCAUAAGUCAUAGUGGGAGUGCUGGAAAUGCCAAGUCUGAAGUCUGAACAACACGCAGAUCUUGGAUGGCUUACCUUUAUCAUGACCAUCAUAGCGACGCAGGAUGGAAUCAACUCAUUAGGAAAUUGGCCAUCGGAAUUACCACCGUUUGGCAAUCU